GUACCCAAACAUUCUGGUGGAGAAUUACUGCAGGAAUCCAGAUGGGAUAUAUGCACCAUGGUGCUACACCACCAACUCUUCUAUAAGAUGGGAGUUUUGUUCCAUCCCUCCCUGUGUUCCAGUUUUGAGUCGUGUGGUGAAAGUGAAGCUGAUCAAACCUUCCUCUGUGGACCUGAACGACCCUGCUGUGCUGCAGGACCUGCUGAAGCAGCUGCAACAGAAGCUGCAGGAUCAGGGAGUGAAAGUAAACAGAGUGAUGUGGAGGAAGAAGCAGGAUGGACAGAUCUUCUGUGGUGAAGAGAAGACAGAUUAAGAACGAUGAGAAUUUUGUUUUCUAUGUUCCUGAAUCCUGUUUGCUGUUUUCAUAAUCAUUAGUCACAUCUGUCAUGUUACAAAGGUGUAAAAGUAGAAUUUUACACUUUUAUAUUCUUAAGAUGAAGAUUUAAAGAGUCAUUUUCUGGUUCAUUUAUAAUUUUAUAAUUGUAUAAUUUCUACAAGGAAGAGGUGUUUGUAACAAAUAAAAACAGCUGUUUU